AUGUCACCAACUGAAUUUCUGGACCCCAGAAAAUGUCGGCCAAAAACCAUUGUUGUUACUUCGGAUGGAGCAAAAACAACAGCGCAAUGUUAUCAUAAAUCUCUGGGUUCACAAGAAAUACAACCACUGCUUUCACCAUUCGAAUCCCCAUCGGAAGCAAGUCCAUCAAAAACUCCACCACAUCGGCAAUCAUCACCACAAAUAAUUUUACAGCAAACCCUUUCCUACAAAUACAGAAAUUCACGACGUUCCACUGGGCAAUUCAGUGUUCCGGGACGUGAAUAUUCCAAUCUAAGCUCAUUUUCGUCUGUCUAUUACAAUAAUUUUCGGCGUUAUAGUGCUGAAAGUUUUCGUCGUAGUGGUUACUACUCACCUAUCAAUUUAUCUAAUCGUACACUGUAUUGUGCUAAAUGCUAUAGGAGUCUACUUAUUGAUAUUGAAAGUAAUAUUUUUUAA